AUGUCUGUCGAGACUUUCUUCAACAAGGAUGGUGUCCACCCCAUUGGCCCUUACUCCCAAGUUACCCGUGGCGGAGGAUUCGUCUUCCUGGCCGGCCAGGUCCCUACCGACAGUGCUGCUAAGCCCGUUGGAAACAACACCACCGAGAAGGCCCGUCGUAUGUGCCAGAACGCCAAGCUUAUGCUCGAGACCGCUGGCAGCAGCCUCGAGAAAGUUCUGAAAAUCACCAUCUACUUCUCCGAUAUCGAUCGUGAUUUCGACGCUGUUAACAAGGUUUUCGGCGAGUUCUUUACCUCGAAGCCGGCUCGUACCUCUGUUCAGGUUGCGCGACUCCCUCUCAACCUUGAAUUCGAGAUGGAUGUCACUGCUUUGGCUUAA